ACACAUAUACAUACACUUAUAGAUACAUAUACGUCUCUCUCUCUACACAGUACAGGAAUUUUGCAGCUGUAGCUCUGCAUACUCCUCUUCCUACCCUAUUUAUUUUAUCCACGCCUUCUCCUUCUCUCUCUCUCUCCUAUUUAUGAAAUUGAUUAUUUAAAGUGAAUUGGGGUCAGAAGAGGCGAGAAUUCCUUCCUUUUGUUCCCUUCGAUUAAAGCAGGUCGCAAUUGAAGUAUCCCAAUCCUCAGGUGCCAAUACUAAUAAAAAUCAAAUCGAGAAUCAGAAUCAGAAUCAGAAUGGGUAGCGGUAGCUACGGCGGCGUUGGGAGGAAUAAUGGCGUGAGGCAGUACGUCAGAUCAAAGGUUCCGCGCCUCCGAUGGACUCCCGAUCUCCACCACUGCUUCGUCCACGCCGUUGACCGCCUUGGCGGCCAAGACAAAGCAACUCCUAAAUUGGUUCUUCAAUUGAUGGAAGUGAGAGGCCUCACCAUAUCUCAUGUCAAAAGCCAUCUACAGAUGUACAGAAGCAUGAAGACUGAAGCUGCCAGACGAGUUUCAAAUGUGUUCCCAGAGAUGAGCAUUUCACAGCAAAGGAAACACUGUUGCGAAGAACAAAUGUUUCUCUCUCCUGCAAAAAGAGCGAGAGUGGGGAAAGUGGAAGAAUGCAGCCAAAGGAAUCCGUACGGAGAUGAUGAUUACAUGGGUGAGAAAGUUAAAGAAAAUGAAAACCCUUCUUCUGCCACUACUGCCGAUGUACUGCUCCUGCAUUCUGACUUUUUCAAGCUGCAGAAGGGGAUAUGCAAGAUGGAGCAGUUUAGUAGUGGGAAUGAAGAUGGGUGUGAAUUGUCACUGUGUCUGGCUUCGCACAAUCCAAUUGCAGAUAACCUCCAGAAAAGUAAUGUGUCUGUGUCUUGUACCACUGAGAUCAGUGAUGCCAUUUCUUCUAAUUCUUCUCAUGAAUUCCCUGGAAUAAACCUUGAUCUAUCCAUUGCUUGACCUUCCUUUAA